AACAUUGUCCGCGGCGACAAGGUGCAGGUGGUGGGUAACCACCGCGAAGCUGGCAAACAGGGUAUAAUUAAGGAAGUCCUCCGUGCCAAGGAUCGUGUGUUGGUGGAGAACGUCAACGUGGCGGUCAAACAUAUCAAAGGUAACGCCGAGCGCGGCAUCAAGGGACGGACCAUUCAGAAGGAACGCAGUUUGCCCUACAGCAACGUCAAUUUGGUCGACCCGGUGACCAACAAACCCACGCGAGUGUAUCGGAAAAUACUGGAAGACGGCACCAAAGUGCGGGUAGCCAAAAAGUCGGGGGCCAUU